UCUGCUUUUCUUCCGUUUACACCCUGGAGAAAGUGGGAAUAAUGCACCACCAGCAGCAGCAGCAGGAGCGGCACCCAGAAGAGGCAAACUAUGCAAGUAGUACCAGAAUUCCUCUCCCUGGUGACGGACCAACUAUUCAGUCAAACAGUUCAGCACCAUCCAAGCAAACUGUUCUAUCUUGGCAAGCUGCAAUUGAUGCUGCUAGACAAGCCAAGGCUGCCCAAACUAUGAGCACCACCACAGCCCAACCUGUAGGAGCUCUGUCCCAAAGAAAACGCCAGCAAUAUGCCAAGAGCAAAAAACAGGGUAAUACAUCUAACAGUCGGCCACCCCGUGCCCUUUUCUGUUUAUCCCUCAAUAACCCAAUACGAAGAGCCUGCAUUAGUCUAGUAGAAUGGAAACCAUUUGACAUAUUUAUACUACUGGCUAUUUUUGCCAAUUGUGUGGCCUUAGCUGUUUACAUCCCAUUCCCAGAAGAUGAUUCUAAUUCAACUAAUCAUAAUUUGGAGAAAGUAGAAUAUGCCUUCCUGAUUAUUUUUACAAUUGAAACAUUUUUGAAGAUUAUAGCAUAUGGAUUAUUAUUACACCCCAAUGCAUACGUUAGAAAUGGAUGGAAUUUACUGGAUUUUGUAAUAGUAGUAGUAGGAUUGUUUAGUGUAAUUUUGGAACAAUUAACCAAAGAAACAGAAGGAGGUAGCCACUCAGGUGGCAAACCAGGUGGCUUUGAUGUCAAAGCCCUAAGAGCCUUUCGUGUGUUGCGACCUCUCCGGCUUGUGUCAGGAGUGCCCAGUUUACAAGUUGUCCUGAACUCCAUUAUAAAAGCCAUGGUUCCCCUGCUCCAUAUUGCCCUUUUGGUAUUAUUUGUAAUCAUAAUCUAUGCUAUUAUAGGAUUGGAACUUUUUAUUGGAAAAAUGCACAAAUCAUGUUUUCUUGUUGAUUCAGAUAUAUUAGUUGAAGAUGAUCCAGCACCUUGCGCAUUCUCAGGGAAUGGACGUCAGUGUGCCAUAAAUGGCACUGAAUGUAGGGGCGGCUGGGUUGGACCAAAUGGAGGCAUAACCAACUUUGACAAUUUUGCCUUUGCGAUGUUAACUGUGUUCCAGUGUAUAACCAUGGAAGGAUGGACUGAUGUGUUGUACUGGAUGAAUGAUGCUAUGGGAUUUGAAUUGCCAUGGGUGUAUUUUGUCAGUCUCGUCAUCUUUGGGUCAUUUUUCGUACUAAAUCUUGUUCUUGGUGUAUUGAGCGGGGAAUUUUCCAAGGAAAGAGAAAAAGCCAAAGCCCGAGGGGACUUUCAGAAGCUACGUGAAAAGCAGCAGCUUGAAGAGGAUCUGAAGGGAUAUUUAGAUUGGAUUACACAGGCAGAAGACAUUGACCCUGAGAAUGAGGAGGAGGGUGAUGAAGAAGGCAAACGGAACACAAGCAUGCCAACAAGUGAAACUGAAUCUGUGAACACUGAGAAUGUCAGCGGAGAAGGAGAGAGCCCAGCAUGCUGUGGCAGUCUGUGUCAAACUAUCUCAAAAUCCAAGUUCAGUCGACGCUGGCGUCGCUGGAACCGAUUCAAUCGAAGAAAAUGUAGAGCUGCAGUAAAAUCUGUCUCGUUUUAUUGGCUGGUUAUUGUCUUGGUCUUUCUGAACACAUUAACUAUCUCUUCUGAGCAUUACAAUCAACCUGACUGGCUGACACAGAUCCAAGAUAUUGCAAACAAAGUACUUCUGGCAUUAUUCACCUGUGAAAUGUUAAUAAAGAUGUACAGCUUGGGCCUACAGGCUUAUUUUGUAUCCCUCUUUAACCGUUUUGAUUGCUUCGUUGUUUGUGGUGGCAUUGUUGAAACCAUACUGGUGGAGUUGGAAAUUAUGUCACCCCUGGGAAUCUCAGUGUUCCGCUGUGUUCGUCUUCUACGUAUUUUUAAAGUGACAAGGCACUGGACAUCCCUGAGCAACUUGGUAGCAUCCUUGUUAAACUCAAUGAAGUCCAUUGCUUCACUGUUGCUUCUGCUUUUCCUCUUCAUCAUAAUCUUCUCAUUGCUUGGAAUGCAGCUGUUUGGAGGCAAAUUUAAUUUUGAUGAAACUCAAACAAAACGGAGCACCUUCGAUAAUUUUCCACAAGCUCUUUUAACUGUAUUCCAGAUUCUAACAGGUGAAGACUGGAAUGCUGUGAUGUAUGAUGGGAUUAUGGCAUAUGGUGGCCCAUCGUCGUCAGGAAUGGUCGUCUGUAUAUACUUCAUUAUCCUCUUCAUCUGUGGUAACUAUAUCUUGCUAAAUGUCUUUUUGGCCAUUGCUGUGGAUAACUUGGCAGAUGCGGAAAGCCUGAAUACAGCUCAGAAAGAAGAAGCAGAAGAAAAGCAGAGGAAAAAGAAUGCCAGAAAAGAGAGUCUGGAAAAUAAAAAAGCUGACAAAUCAGAAGGUGACCAAAAGAAGGCCAAGGAUAAUAAGAUUACAAUUGCUGAAUAUCGAGAAGGAGAAGAUGAGGACAAAGACCCCUAUCCACCUUGUGAUGUACCAGUAGGUGAAGAUGAGGAAGAUGAGGAAGAUGAACCAGAGGUACCAGUUGGCCCACGUCCCCGAAGAAUAUCUGAACUAAAUAUGAAGGAGAAGAUUACACCGAUUCCUGAAGGGAGCGCCUUCUUCAUUUUCAGCAGCACCAACCCAAUUCGAGUGGGAUGCCACAGGCUGAUCAACCACCACAUCUUUACAAACCUCAUCCUUGUCUUCAUCAUGCUCAGCAGUGUUUCCCUAGCGGCAGAAGACCCAAUUCGCAGUCACUCUUUUCGAAAUAACAUACUUGGUUACUUUGACUAUGCUUUCACAGCCAUCUUUACUGUUGAAAUCCUGUUAAAGAUGACAGCUUUUGGAGCAUUCCUUCACAAAGGGUCUUUCUGCAGGAAUUACUUCAAUUUGCUGGACUUGCUAGUUGUGGGUGUUUCUCUGGUGUCGUUUGGGAUUCAAUCAAGUGCUAUCUCAGUUGUGAAGAUUCUGAGAGUUUUAAGAGUCUUGAGGCCUCUAAGGGCAAUAAACAGAGCAAAAGGACUUAAGCAUGUUGUUCAGUGUGUCUUUGUUGCUAUUAGAACUAUUGGUAAUAUCAUGAUUGUCACAACUCUGCUCCAGUUCAUGUUCGCCUGUAUUGGUGUACAGCUUUUUAAGGGAAAAUUUUAUCGGUGCACUGAUGAAGCAAAACAGAAUCCUGAGGAUUGCCGGGGAAUAUUCAUUGUUUAUAAAGAUGGAGAUGUUGAUAACCCAAUGGUCAGAGAAAGAGUUUGGCAAAACAGUGAUUUCAACUUUGACAAUGUUCUGUCUGCUAUGAUGGCCCUUUUUACUGUGUCUACCUUUGAAGGCUGGCCUGCGCUACUAUACAAAGCCAUAGACUCAAAUGCAGAGAAUAUAGGCCCUGUAUACAACUACAGAGUGGAGAUUUCCAUCUUCUUCAUCAUCUACAUCAUCAUCAUUGCCUUCUUUAUGAUGAACAUAUUCGUUGGUUUUGUCAUUGUUACAUUCCAAGAACAGGGAGAACAAGAGUAUAAGAACUGUGAGCUGGACAAAAAUCAGCGUCAGUGUGUGGAAUAUGCCUUGAAGGCACGCCCUCUGCGUAGAUACAUUCCAAAAAAUCCUUACCAAUACAAGUUCUGGUAUAUGGUGAACUCCACUGGAUUUGAGUACAUCAUGUUUGUCCUCAUCAUGCUGAACACACUUUGCUUGGCCAUGCAGCACUAUGGACAGUCUAAGCUGUUUAAUGAUGCAAUGGACAUUCUGAAUAUGGUUUUCACAGGCGUGUUCACUGUUGAAAUGGUUUUGAAACUCAUUGCAUUCAAACCCAAGCACUAUUUCACUGAUGCAUGGAACACUUUUGAUGCCUUAAUUGUUGUUGGUAGCGUCGUUGAUAUUGCUAUAACAGAAGUUAAUCCAAAGCCAACUGAAACUGUCACAACUGAUGAGUCUGGGAACUCUGAAGACAGCGCUAGAAUCUCCAUCACUUUUUUCCGUCUCUUCCGAGUGAUGCGAUUGGUGAAGCUUCUCAGCAGGGGUGAAGGAAUCAGAACAUUGUUGUGGACAUUUAUUAAGUCAUUUCAGGCUCUGCCAUAUGUUGCUCUUCUGAUAGCUAUGCUGUUUUUCAUCUAUGCUGUUAUCGGAAUGCAGGUAUUUGGUAAAGUUGCCAUGAGGGACAAUAAUCAAAUUAACAGAAACAACAAUUUUCAGACUUUUCCCCAAGCAGUCCUACUUCUAUUCAGGUGUGCGACUGGAGAAGCAUGGCAGGAAAUCAUGCUGGCUUGUUUGCCUGGAAAACAAUGUGAUCCAGACUCUGAUCAUAGUCCAGAGGAAGAAUUCACAUGUGGAAGCAACUUUUCAAUUAUUUAUUUCAUCAGUUUUUACAUGCUUUGUGCAUUUUUGAUUAUCAAUCUGUUUGUGGCCGUCAUCAUGGACAACUUUGAUUAUCUGACACGUGACUGGUCUAUUCUGGGUCCACAUCAUUUGGAUGAGUUCAAAAGAAUAUGGUCAGAAUAUGAUCCUGAAGCAAAGGGAAGAAUAAAGCAUCUUGAUGUAGUUACGUUACUGCGACGCAUUCAGCCUCCCCUUGGUUUUGGCAAAUUAUGCCCCCACAGAGUGGCGUGCAAGAGGUUAGUAGCCAUGAACAUGCCUCUGAACAGUGACGGAACAGUCAUGUUCAAUGCUACAUUAUUUGCCUUGGUUAGAACUGCACUGAAGAUCAAAACAGAAGGUAACCUAGAACAGGCAAAUGAAGAACUUAGAGCAGUUAUAAAGAAAAUCUGGAAGAAAACCAGCAUGAAGCUCCUUGAUCAAGUUGUCCCUCCAGCUGGCGAUGAUGAGGUAACCGUGGGGAAGUUCUAUGCCACCUUCCUGAUACAGGACUACUUUAGGAAAUUCAAGAAACGCAAAGAACAAGGACUCGUGGGGAAAUAUCCGGCGAAGAACACCACAAUUGCUCUACAG